AUGAAUGUAAGUGAAGUUCGGAGUGGAGACGACCCAACCGACAGCGACAACGAGAGUGGUGUUACUAGUGAGACUGUGCGUGAGGCGAUUUCCUCCAUGGGUACUGACCAAAGUGAUGGUGUUACCGUGCGCGAACUAUUGAACGCCCUUGUGGAAAAGGACCGCGUCCUAACGACUUUGUUGAAACGCUUGACUCCGUCAGCGACGCCACAGCCCAUGUCCGCGGGAACGCCUGGUGGAAUCGCUGCGUUCCAAGUGAUGCCCGACCUAAGCAACAACAUAACAAGCUUUAACGGUUGCGAGGACGCACCCUCAGCAAAGGAUUGGAUUGAAAAUAUCCGUACAACUGCGACGCUGCACAGCUGGCCUGAGUCUUUCAUGCUUGAGACCGCAAAGUCCCGUUUGACCGGACCGGCGAGAGACUGGCUGCGUUCGAGGAGAUCCGAAGUCAAAACUUGGAGCGAUUUUGAAGAGCGUUUUCGGCGAACCUUCGUGAGCCAGACGCGUGCGGCGGAACGCUGGCGCAAAAUGCAUGAGCGAGUGCAACAGCGCAACGAAAGCUCGGUGGCCUAUUUUCACGCCAAGGUGCGGUUGUGCAAGGAGGCGAACUUGGAUUUUUGGGACACUCGUGAGCAGGUAAUUACAGGACUACGUUCGAAACAACUCAGCACGAUGUUACUCGGAAAAAGUCAUGUGGACGACGACGAUAUUCUGCACGACAUUCAGGAAUUCGAGAGGAUCGAGCGUGAAAGGCAAGCGUUUUUUGGUUCAGCGCGCGACCAUAGAGCGGCGAGCAACGAAGCACGUGCUCCGUACGUGAGCGCGCUGCAUGCAAGAAAAUCCGUCGAGGAGGGAAGUACCAAGGACAGGCGACCCCCUCUGACUAACGAAAAAGGAGAGCGAAAGUGCUACAACUGUAGCCAGUACGGACAUAUAGCGAGAGACUGUCCGCAACCAAAACGACCGAUGAAAUGUCUCCUCUGCGACGGAACAGACCACACGCAGCGUCACUGCAAGGAGGCACUGCAGCGCAACGAGGCGAACACAGUAACGGAGCCAGUAUGUGAAAUCAAGAGCGCAAGUGUUUUGCAGAAGGAAGUCACUUUGAAUGGAAAGUUCACUGUUGUUGGACUCAUUGACACGGGUAGUUCUGGCUGUUUCCUGCGUGCCUCCGGAGCAGCGCGAUGUGGCAUAGAAAUCGUUCCUGAGACAACAGACCUGUAUGGUUUUGGAAAUAGCACUGUGCCUGCGGCAAAAAGCAUUGGAAGUUGCAGGGCUGAUUUAUGCAUUGACGGUGUUUUGGCAAAGGACAUACCCAUUCUUGUAGUUCCAGAUGAAGCCCAAUCUGUUGAUUUACUGGUCGGAAGGACAUUCACAGAGUUGCCUUACAUCGCGUAUUCAAGAAUUGGAGGUUCUCUGCGGUUUUGGCAUUGUAGUGACGUUCCGUUCGCUCAUCAGGAGCCCUAUGAAAGUCACCAAAGAAUGGAGCCUGUGGACCAAGCUGCAGCCGUGAUGUCGGAAUCGGAAAGCGUGCCGGUUGAAAACAACGUGAGAAAAGCUGCAUCGGAAGAAAAGGCCCCUGCGGAUGACAAACAGGAUGACGGAAAUUCUGCUGCUGAGGAGAGAAGUGACGAUGAAGAGCCAAAGCUUGGCCUGCUGUACCAGCCACUAGAGCUGUCAGGUUCUCAGCAGCGCAAGAAAGUUGAGCGGCUGGACGUGAGCUUCCGCACAGCGGCACGCGAGCGGCCCCCACCAGAGCAAAGAAAAGGCACACCACUGGGUGACUGCCCCCGCAUCGAGCACAACAUCAAACGUGAGCGCUUGGAGAGUCUCAAUGCCUUGCAUCGACUGCUAUUUGGCCGCCCAGGAGCGCCAUCCGAGAUCAAGAAGAAUUUGCGCAAGUUCAGUGGGUUUCCCUUUGAGAAAGACUCUGCAGAGUAUGUGAAGAGACAAAAGAUGUUUGCAAAGCUCAAAAAGACUGCUCACAAAGACUUGCUGGGUAUGCUUGACUUGGAGAAGAGUGACACGGUCGAGGAGUGCACGGAUCGCAUUCUCAACUUCCUGCUCAAUCCCUUUGAUAACAAGAAGCCCCUGCCAGCUAACAAGAAGGGAAAGAGAAAGUCUAUGACACAUGCUUCCGCUGGCAAGGGCCAGGCGAAGAAACGAAAGACGGUAAAUCCCAAGGCAGAGAAGGGGAAGGCAUCUGGAAAGCGGCCUGCAAAGAAGACCAGCACUCCUGCCAAGCGGAGGAAAGUAGCAAAGAAAGAGGAGUCCGACGAGGACGACGAGUCUGACGAGAAAGAAGUACGCGACGACGCGCACGUUUCGCAAUUGAAGGCGUGGCCAUCGACAAGUAAAACGUCUCAUCUAGACGACGACGAAGAGUGCGACGAAUCCGAGCACCAACUUGAGCAGAAUCAGUGCGACGAGCCUUUUGCAGUUAGACGCCCACGCAGGCUACGAGUAGUACCUGCCAGACUACGCGACUGCAUGCCAUAA